AUGACUUCUAAUGAAACUGUUGCAACGACUGUGGUGCACGGAAACAGAAGAAAUCUUUAUUUGAUUACACUCAGUGUGUCCAUCGCAUUUAUGGCUCUCGGAGUGUCUUCCGCUUGGCCCACACCAGUGUUGCCAAAGUUUAAGAAUAACGAGACCAACGUAGUUAUUAACGAGGACCAAGUGGGGACAAUGUUGUCUUUAUACCCGGUGGGCUUUGCCGUGGGGUCCCUCGCCACAAGAUACAUAGCAGACAUAUUUGGAAGGCGCGCUACAAUCUUGUGUAGCGCAAUACCCAUCGUAAUUGGCUCGGUAAUCGUUGCGUUUACAUUACAAGGAUGGCUUCUGUACAUUACAGCGCUAACAUGGAACUGUGGUACUGGUAUGAUGAGCACUGUAAUUGGAUACUACGUUUCCGAGAUAGCAGACAAAGACGUGAGGGCAUCCUUACAAGUGAUUACCAGUUUCACCUUUAAAUUUGGAAACCUCAUCACAAUGAUCUUAGGCCCGUUCCUUUCCUACGAAGACUUGAAUUACAUUAUGGUCGCCCUUCCUAUAAUUUAUUUCGUCGUAUGCUGGUGGAUUCCGGAGACACCGUACUUUUUUUUAAAGGCUGGAAAUGUGGAAGGUGCUAAGAAGUCUCUGCGCAUAUUGCGGAGAUAUAAAGACGAAAAGGUUCUCGACGAUGAAUUGCGAUCGCUUCAGGCAGACGUCCAAAACGAAAUGAUUCACUCAAGUUCAAUAAAGGAGUUACUGUCGGGACCCCAGUAUAGAAAGGCUAUCAUUAUCGCUUUGGGGUUGAAGAUGGCACAAAUAAUGACGGGAGGCGUUUUGAUAAGGCAGUAUUUAGGUUGGAUCGUAGGGGAAACCAAGUUAGAUAUGAAGAUGUCCUUAGUGCUCAUUAUAUAUGGCUGCGUUACCUUCGUUGUUGCUAUGAUGUCAUCAGUAUUAGUCGAUCGCGUCGGUCGUCGGUCACUUUUAAUUUACUCAUUCUACGGGACGGGCGUGGCUCUGGGACUCAUCGGCCUGUACUUCUUCCUUCAAGAUGUUAUGAACACAGGCUCUGCCAUCCUAACUACUUUCGGCUUUGUACCGCUAGUGUGUAUUAUCUUAUCAAAUAUUAUAUCCACUUUAGGUUUUAACUCCCUGAUACAUAUAGUACCAGCUGAAAUAUUUCCCUUGAACGUUAAAGCAGUCGCCAUGACUAGUUUGAAUAUAUUCGGUGCUCUCAUGGCAUUUAUUGUUGGGCAAGGGUAUCCAAAAGUGAAAGCUGCUUGCGGUCUGACGACGAUAUUCUUUAUUUUUGCCGCGUUUUCUAUAGUAGGUGGUGUGUUCUCAUACUAUUUUGUAAUUGAAACUAAGGGUAAGAAACUUAGGGAUAUACAAAUCGAACUACAGGGAAAUAUGUAUAAUGCCGUUGAGAUGGUUGAAAACGUAGAAACAGUUGUUAUUGAUGAAGACAACAAGAACGGUACAGAACAAAAGGAGCUUAAGUCAAGCAAUACUUAA